GAUGAGGAAACUGAGGCAUACAAGGUUAAAUGACUCGCCCAGGGUCAUACAGAGUAUCUGAGACUGGAUUUGACCUUCCUGACUCUGGCCUAGCACCCUACCUACUUUGUCUUCUAGCUGGCUACAGCAGGGAACCUCACCGGUUUGCUGAGAGAAGCUAAGAAGCCGCCCCUGACUCCGGACUCUCGAUCUAGGCCGGCAGGGAUGCAGGCUGCUGGGGUCUGGCUGCCCCUCCCAUUGCUGUGUCUGCUCCUGCUGCUAUAUCCCUCCAAGGGCCAGAAUCUGGCUCAGAACUGCAGCCAAGACUCCGGCUACACAAACUGUAGCUGUGGGCUCCGCGAGAGGUGGCAAAACUGCUCCAACAUCGACGGGAUGAUUUGCAUCAACCACUGGGACAAGCAGGUCAGCUUCACCACUUACUACCAGCAAAGCUGCAAGAGUUUGGGCAUUGGGACCAUCGUGGGCAUCACCCUUGGGCUGCUGCUGCUGCUAGCCGGGGUCAUCAUGGGGAUGGUCCUGGGGAUCUACAGGAGACGCCAUUGGGACGCCUCUGAGCCCUGUCCGAGGAAGCCUUUGGACAGCAGCAGGAAUUCAGCCCCAGUCUGGCAACCCCGUUACAGUAGCCGCAGCGAUGAGCAUCGGGUACCUGCGGCCGCUGCCCCCAGCCCUAUUGAUGCCCCAGGCACAAGCCACCCUGGGGCUCUGCUCUAUGAGAACUUGUUUCUGAACUCCCAGCCCAACGACCAGAGCCCAGGUCCGAGAGGGACUUCGGCAGACCCUGAGGACCUCUACAUGAACUAUGAGGACAACUCCACGUCUGAGCAUCCCAUCUAUGGCAACGUGGAUAACCUGACCUGCAUCCCAGGCCCCCAAGCGCCCCCUCAUCCUGGGGCCGACGAUGAAGAUGAGUACGUGGUGCCAGGGUGCUGAACUCAGCAGACUGGGAAACCCAAGGCCAACUUCUUGCCCCAACCGGACUUUAUGCAAACGAUCCAGCCAGUGGGCUGCACCCGAGACUCCAGGCAGCCUGGAAUGGGAGAGAGUUUGGGCAGCCCCGAAAAUGUAAUAAAGAAAUUCGGUAUAGGCUGAAAUGUCUCCCCCCUCUCCCCCACCCUUCCUUCCUUCCCCAGGGUCCAAUUCUGAUCACCAGAGCUGCUCUCGCCCCCUUCCUACCACAGAGAGCUGACCAGACCGGAUGCCACCCCUCCCCCUUUGCAGGGUUUGGGCUCCAAAAAGGGAAAGAGAGUGGGGAGCGAUCUACUAACAGGAGUUGGUGGUUGGCUGUGAGGGCGGGGUGAAGGCACGAAGUACCUUCUCAUCAGCAGUGAGUGGGAGGGCUUUGUGGCCCAUCUUUAUCCCCUACCUCCAGGGGAGGGGAUGCAGGCCAAGCUGAGAAUCCAGGGCCAGUGGGCCAGGGCCCAGUUCCUCCCAUAGAUCUGCUAGCGGCCCCUCAGUGCGAUACAGUUCGGCAAACAAUUAAUUAUUAAGCACCAGGUACUGUGCUUGGUGCUGGCAACGCAAAGACAAAAAGGGAAGAAAAGAAAGAAAGGAAAAAAGAAGGAAGGAAGGAAAGGAGGAAAGAAGGAAGGAAGGAAAGAAAGAAAGUAGUUCUUGCUUUCAAGGUGCUAAUUAGGUACUGUGAUAUUUAAAAUCUAAUAUAGGACAGCUAGGUGGCGCAGUGGAUAGAGCACCGGCCCUGGAGUCAGGAGUACCUGAGUUCAAAUCCAGCCUCAGACACUUAACACUUACUAGCUGUGUGACCCUGGGCAAGUCACUUAACCCCAAUUGCCUUGCUAAAAAAAAAAAUCUAAUAUAAAAGGGGGAGAUUAAUGCUCCAUAUAUCCAAUUUUGACUCUCACAGUACGUAGAUAAGAAAAUAUAACAUAUACAAAGUCGUUUGGGGAGAGAGCAAAAGCACUCUCAAUGGGGAUUUGGAGACCACUUGCUAUGGGAGAUGCCACUUAAAUUUUGAAAUGAGAUAGGGGAUUCUGGGAGAUGGAGGGCAGUCAGUCAGUCAGUCAAGAGGUAUUUAUUUAGGACUUACUGUGUGUCACUGAGCUAAGUGAUGGGGUCAGAAAGAAAGACAAGGUGAGGAGGAAGGCUUUCUAGGCAUGGAGUACAACCUCCUGCAAAGGGAUAGAAAUUGGAGGUGGUGUAUGGUAUAUGGGGGACAGCAAACAGGUCAGUUUGGUGAGAAUGGGUGAUAGGGAGUAAUGCGCCAUGUUUGAAAAGACAAGUUGGAGCCAAACUACAAAGUCCUUUAAGGGCCAAAGAGAAAUACUUGGAUUUUGUUCUAGAUCAGGGAUUCUUAACUACCCUCUUUUGUGUCGACCCCUUUGGCCCCCACUUUGAUGAAUCUGUUGGAUGCUUUUGUCGGGCUAGUGAAGCCUUUAGACCCCUUCUUGGAAGAAUGUUUUUUUAAGUGCAUGGAAUAAAGUAUA